UUCGCGAGUGAGGACGCACGAAGAGAAGCGACGAGGGAAGAGCGGAAGACCGAAGAGAGACCGAAAGUUCUCGAGAAUCAUUACCAUCUUCCAAGGAUACCGUCUUCUUCGGUCGGCACGGAGAAGCGGCGAGAGCACGCCGAGAGCACGUCGGAAAAGGCGGAGAAGUAUCCGUGCAGCGGUGCAACGGCGCCGAAAGAACCGGCGCCAAGACUAAGGGAGGUCGGCGCUGAAUACAGCGCGAGGCCAUCAUUAUUGUACGCAAACGACGCCGUCCAUCGGGUGGUGAACGGCUGGUGGCUGGGCGAGCAAAGCAGAGAUAGUCACGCGAUAAGAAAGCGUGAUAACAACGCCGCGGUGGCGGGUGAAUUGGUUUCUCGCAUCGCGGACUGCUUGAACAUGGCGGGCUACCUGAAGGCGGCGGGCGCGACUUGCGCCUCGACCGGGAAUCCUCAUCAAUACCAUCCACACGGUCAUCCGAUGGGGAUCGGCACUCAUCCGCAUCCACAUUCUCAUCCGCAUCCCGGUACGCAUCCUGGAUUGCCGUCGCAUUUCGCUCUUACCCCACACGCCCAUACGCACCAUGCGCUCGAACACGGACUGGCGGCCGCAUUUCCACAAGGAAUGAAUCAACGCAAGCAACGUCGCGAGAGAACGACCUUCACUAGAGCUCAGCUGGAUGUGCUGGAGGGGCUAUUCUCGAAAACGAGAUAUCCGGACAUCUUUAUGCGAGAAGAGGUCGCCCUCAAGAUCAACCUGCCAGAGUCGCGAGUCCAGGUGUGGUUCAAGAAUCGUCGAGCCAAGUGUAGACAGCAGUUGCAGCAGCAUCAACAACAACAGCAACAACAGCAGCAGCAAACCCCACCGUCGAAGGGUUCGCCCAGGUCGAAUCAGAAUCACAGUAACAGCAGCACCGGUAGCAGGAUAUCGACGAGCUCAUCGACGACGCCGAGCAGGCGGUCCUCGCCAGAUUCGCCGGCGCAAGGUAGGGAAGCACCGGUAGCGGGAAACUCGCCCUUGUCCACCCCGCUCCUGUCGACGCAGUCGACGUAUCCUCGUGUCGGAGCGACGCCAACCGGUGGCAGUGGGGCCAACAGCAAUCUAACGACCCCGUCGCCGCCGCUGACACCGAGCUCCAAUCAGUUACAGCCGUCGUCCUAUCCGAGCACCAUGAAUCAGAUUCACCACGGCGAGACCUACAGCUUCGGCUGGAGCUCGGCGGGUUCCGCUUCUGUGAACCACAGCCAGUACGCCGGCCAGGGCUACAACGCCUACGCCCAAACCCCGGGCGUGUACGGCGGCGACUAUUAUCAGGCUCAGAUCCCCCACAUGCACCAUAGCCCGCAGGCCAACUACCACCAUCCGCAGUAUCAUCCCAACAUGACGCUCACCCCGUCCAUGUCGCACCUGACCAGUCACCAUCUAAAUCCGGUGACUAGUCAGACGCAAGCCACCAGCAACGACAUAGCGGCGGCCGCGGCCGCCGCGGCCGCUGCCGCCGCCGCCUCGGGCGACGAGGCCGCCGGCUACGUGCUACCGGAGCAGAAAUAUCCGCCAUUGGCAUAG